AUGUAGCCUCGCUCUCUCGAGCUACUCGCCAAGGAGGGCAUGCAAUUCUCAAUCGUUCGAUACCCUUGCCAGUAUUUAUUAUCCAUCAUCGACCACGGGCAACCACAACUGGAGCCUCCACAAAUCCCCCCCCCCCCCCAAUAACCCGCCCGCGCGUUGCCUAGCCUCUCUCCCCCAUCGUACCACCUCGCUAGGCCGACGCUUUUCGCUCACCGACUGAUAUAUACCUCGCCCCCAUCAAAUCGACUCCGCACAGAGAUCCGUCAUGCUAGCUAGAUCUGCCUUGUCCUCGACCUUGAAAUCUUCCCCCAUCUCGCUUCGAUCAAUCAGCUUGCAGACUAGAAAUAUGUCCGGUGCCGUCGCUCAACAACCUCCCGUCUACAUCGUAGCCGCCUCCAGGACGCCUAUUGGAUCUUUCAACGGUGGACUUUCCUCGUUGCCGGCCACGCAACUCGGAAGCACCGUAGUCAAGCAUGCGCUCGCCAAGAUUGAUCUCGACCCCAAACACGUCGACGAGGUCUUUUUCGGACAGGUCAUUCAGGCCGGUACCGGUCAGAGUCCUGCCAGACAGGUUUCCAUCGGAGCGGGCAUUCCCAACACGACGGAUGCUACGACCAUCAACAAAGUCUGCGCGUCGGGUAUGAAAUCGAUCAUGCUCGCUGCUCAAUCUCUCGCCCUCGGCACAAACUCGUGUAUGGUCGCUGGUGGUAUGGAGAGCAUGAGCCAAGCUCCUUUCUUGACCCCUCGUCACCCUCCUUCUUUCGGACACAUGACGUCUUCGGACUCGCUCGUCAUUGAUGGUCUUUUCGACGUCUACAACAAGUGUGCCAUGGGCAACUGCGCCGAGCACACCGCCGCAAAAUACGACAUUUCCCGUGAGGCCCAGGAUGAUCACGCCAUUGAAUCCUACAAGCGAGUCGAGAGGGCCUGGGCGGAGGGCAGGUUCGAGGCCGAGAUUGCGCCUGUGACCAUCAAGGGCAAGAAGGGUGACACUGUCGUCAAGGAGGACGAGGAAUACAAGAAGGUCUUUUACGACAAGGUCCGAGGUCUCCGACCCGUCUUCCAGAAGGACGGCACCGUCACCGCUGCCAAUGCUUCGACGUUAAACGAUGGUGCUAGUGCCGUCAUCCUGAUGACGGAAGAGAAACUCAAAGAGACCGGUGUCAAGCCUCUGGCAAAGAUUCUGGCCUAUGCCGACGCUGCUGCCGACCCUAUGGACUUCCCUACUGCUCCUACCAUCGCCAUUCCCAAGGCUUUGAAGCAGGCUGGUGUUUCUCAAGAUGACGUCGCGCUCUUCGAACUCAACGAGGCCUUUAGCGUUGUCGUUCGCGCUGCCGAAAAGAUCAUGAACGUAGAUCCCGCCAAGAUCAACGUCAACGGCGGAGCUGUCGCCCUCGGUCACCCUAUCGGAUCUUCCGGAUGCAGGAUCGUCGUGUCUUUAACCCAUGCGUUAAAACAGGGCGAGAUUGGUGUUGCUGGUGUAUGCAACGGCGGUGGUGCUGCUUCUGCCAUGGUAAUCCAGCGCUUGUGAUAUGUAUGACCCAUAAAGAAGAUGGCUGUUGUUUCUUGCUAUACAACAAAUGACUUCAGCCGAUU